UCGCCGACGAGCUCGGCAUGCCGCGGCUUGUCCCCCUCGGCUUCGGCGGCUUCGCCACGUACGUCAGCCGGGCAGUCACGACACACAGGCCGCACGCACGCGUGAGCUCGCCGUCCGAGCGGUUCCCGGUCCACGGUGUGCCGGACCUCCGCCUCACGAAGCCCCCCCCCACCCCGCCGUUCGACGACCCGGAGCCUUCCGGCCCGCACUGGGACUUAAUUUGCAAGAACCGCAUCAGCAUGUACUCCAGCCGGGGCAUCAUCGUCAAUUCCUUCCACGAGCUGGAGUCGAUCUACAUCGACCUGUGGAACCGGGAGUUCGACGUCAAGAUGUGGCCCAUCGGACCGCUCUGUCUUGCGGCCUCCGAACCGGCAGUCCAGACCAAGGACGACCAUGAGAUCUCAGAGUGGCUGGACUCGAGGCUUGCCAUGGGUCGGCCGGUUCUCUACGUCGCGUUCGGCUCGCAGGCCGAGCUGAGCCGGGCACAGCUGGAAGAGAUCGCCGUCGGGUUGGACAGCUCCGGUGUGGACUUCCUAUGGGUGGUCCGGUCCAAAUGGCUCAAUCCAGAUGACCGGUUUAAUCAGAGGUUCGGAGACAGGGGCAAGGUGGUGGAAGGUUUCAUUAACCAGCUCGGAGUUCUGGGUCACAAAUCAGUGAAAGGAUUUUUCACCCACUGCGGAUGGAACUCGGUGCUGGAGAGCAUCACCAUGGGCGUGCCAAUACUGGCGUUCCCAAUGGCGGCCGAGCAGAAGCUCAAUGCCAAAUUCGUCGUGGACGUGAUCCAUGUGGGGCUCCGAGUUCGGCCGAAGGAAGACGCCAGCAAGGGAGGUAGUGGGUUGGUUAUGGGUGGAGACGUGCAGGCGUUGGCAAGGGAACUGAUCUUGGGAGAGGAAGGGAAACGCGCCGCUGCUAGAGCUGGUGAGCUCUCCAUGUCUUCUAGAAAGACCAUGGACAUAGGUGGGUCCUCGUUUGAAAACUUGGCGCGGAUGGUUCAGGAGGUCAGUGAGACCCAUGCCAAUAAUGGUGAGUAAAUAUAAUCGUUGCUAUGUGGUUGAUGCCGGCUAGUCGUGCAGGCUUAGUAUGAAACUCAUAAUUGAGGUCGAUGUUUGUUUGGA